AUGGCGGAACCAAUGAGGAGAUUCGCAGUCGGUUACGCUCUCUCUUCGAAGAAGCAUCAGAGUUUCAUUCAAGUUUCAUUGUUUCAAGAGCAAACCCUCGUCGUCAUCAAUUUCGCCUUCUCCAUCAUCGUCGCUGCUACCGAUGUCGUCGAGAGCGGUUGCUUUGCACUGCUGGACCUUAAUCAAUAUUCAAGUUGCAUCACAAGUUUUGAUCUUGUUCAUCAAGGAGGAGGACUGACCCAACUGAACCAUGGAGGAGGACAGCCUCUACAAUAUGUAGCAAAUGCAGCCUUCUUGGCAUCACUAUAUGUUGAUUAUAUGAAUGCAACUGGUGUUCCAGGAUGGUAUUGUGGAGCCUCUUUUAUCACCUUGGAUGUUCACCGCACAUUUGCAACCUCCCAGAUUGAUUAUAUUCUAGGUGCGAAUCCCAUGAACAUGAGCUACGUGGUGGGGUAUGGGAACAAGUACCCGAAACAUGUGAAUCACCGUGGGGCAUCCAUACCUCAUGACAAGAACAAAUACUCUUGCACAGGUGGCUGGAAGUGGCGUGACUCCUGCUACCCCAAUCCUAACACCAUUACAGGAGCCAUGGUUGGAGGCCCUGACCGCUUCGACAGAUUCCAGGAUAUCCGCACCAAUUUCAGCUACACUCAGCCUACAAUGGCUGGUAAUGCCGGUUUGGUCGCUGCACUUGUCUCCCUCACUGCCUCUGGUGGCUAUGGCAUUGACAAGAGCACCAUGUUUUCAGCAGUUCCACCACUGUACCCCCUGAGCCCACCACCACCGCCGCCAUGGAAGCCCUGAAAAUUCAUUCCCAACGUAUACCACUUGUAUAUAUACCUAUCCUCCUCUGGCCUGAGCGUCUUCAUAAAGUUCAUUGUCUUAAAUUUUAUUUUAUUUUCAUUUUUUUUCCGUUUCAACUAUUUGUGCUCUUGAAUCAUACUCUGGAUUUACCUGCUCUCCUGGGCACAUCUCAUUUACAGCCCAUCACUUAUUUUCUUUAAAAAAAAUUAUAAAUAAUAU